CCGCUUCAGAUCUGUCGAAAGUCAUACUUUCUCGGCAAGUGGGAAGUAAGGAAGGGUAGACGAUAGGGCUGAGACGGUAGAUACAGCUGCAACCCAGUGCGAGAGAGCGGAUGGCUACAUAUUAUUCCUGUCUUACACAUUUCGAAUAGGCUGGUUUUCUACUGGCCAUUAUCAAACGCAGUUGGAUACCUGUGCCCCUAACUACGAAAUCAUGCGCCUCGGAGCUUUGAAAAAUGAGCUAAAGCUUGCAUGUUUCCUAACUUAUAGCUUGCUGUCUGAAGUCGCGGAUAUAAUAAAGGUUAUCAAACUAUAUGGGCUCCUUUCAAAGGUUGCAACCUGUGGUUCUGGGGUUUUAUGUUCUACCAGCACGUUGUCGGAGCACGUCCUGGCUUCUCCGAGCCUUAUCUUGCUGCCAUGUACUAGAAAGAUCUUUACGGGGACGGCAGGGAGUUAAGACGCCAAGAAGGCAUAAGCUUUCGUGAUACUGGUGCGCUCCGGUGAGAACGUUUUGUAGGCAGGCAGCAGGACAGGUGGCGGUCGAUGUUGAAGGCAAUUUUGUCAAGGGCUCCGUGACCCAUCAAGCCCACCAGAUCUGCAGAAACACGAGCAAUAUUCUGACAGCGAACUCGAACUCAGAGAAAGUCGUUAUAGUUGUAGUGUGAGAUAACUCUCUUUGUCUAUCAUAAUCAUUAUAAUCGCGAAAAUUUCAUUCUUGUUACUUUUCAGAGUUUGAGUCGCUGUAUUUCCCAUCCGUUUACUUCAGGCUGACGAGCUGGGUAUACUUGAAAUAUUUUCUCAAUCCUUCCGAAGUUUAAUGGAGUUUAUAACGAAUACUUUCAAAACCACCGAGGACUUCGAUGGGGGUGUUUAGAUUGCCUCUUGAUGUUCAAGUAGAAAUCCAAUAUUAUUAUUCCGCCU